ACAAAGUUUUGGGCAAUGACGCUAUGAUAAAACAGAGAAAGAUUUGAAAUACUUUCAAACACUCAAAGAUAAAUUUCAGAAGAGACCUACACUAGACAGGAUGUUCGCUUCGACGUCACAAACAAAUGAUGAUGGUUUGCGGGCGUCUUACAAUAUCUCGUUACUUAUAGCAAAAUCCGGAAAACCGCAUACUAUCGGAGAGAAGUUAAUUUUGCCAGCCGUUGAAGAGGUUUUAAAAACUGUUUUACACAAACCUGCAUCUGAUAUCAUUAAAAGAAUUCCCUUAAGCAACAAUACUGUUGAAAGACGUAUUGAUGAAAUGAGUUCUGAUAUUGGCAGCUUCUUAUGUAAUUAUUUGCAAACGACCCAUUUCUCUAUACAACUGGACGAGUCAACUUUACCUGAUAAUGCAGCAUUAUUAUUGGCAUAUGUUCGUUUUAUUAUGAAUCAAGAAAUCUACGAAGAACUGCUCUUCGCAAGAACUUUGAUAACCGACACUAAAUGUGAAUCAAUAUUUCAUGUUUUGAAGGAUUACUUCAUUGAAAAAGCAAUUCCUUUAUCAAAUAUAAUAUCAGUAGCUACAGAUGAAGCACCUGCCAUGACAAGCUGCCAGGAAGACGACGUUUCAACUUACGUUCAACAUUUAAAUGCCCUCUAUUCAGAUUUUGAAUCUAGGUUUGAGGAUAUUUUGACUAUGGUAAUACCACCAUGGAUAAUUAAUCCAUAUGGUGACAUAGAAGAAACGAAUGUCAUAAUACAAGAGGAACUAACUGAACUAAGUACAAACGAAGAACUUAAGGUUCAGUUUCAAAAAAUGAUAUCAGCAAUUCUGACUGCAAAACAACAUACCCGUUACUUAUCCCGUAUUAUGAAAUAUAGCGAGGAAAUUUUUAAUUUACUUUCCAUCGUCAUACCUAGUGGAAAGGGGGUUCAGCGCUGUUACCAAUCUCCUAACGGAGAUGUAAGAUUAACCCUUACAAAACUGACGCCAAAUGUUGAUAAUUUAUUAUUAAAGCAUCAGGUUCAUCCUUCUCACUAA